AUGGCGGAACCUAGUACCUCAAAUGCUGCUAGCGCUCCCUACUCACAGUCCGUGCAGGGCUCGUUUAGCGCUGGUCGUGUGUACGAAGAUGAUGAAGUUAAGCACCCUACGUUUAAACACUAUCGCACAUUUACGAAGGCGGGCGUCAAGGGAAAGCAAGUGGAGUGCCGAUUCUGCAAGCACACUUUCGCCCACAGCCAUAGCCGUUGCGCUAGUCACCUUGCGGAGUGGCCGGGUCAGGGACGACGCGUAGUGAAGCUCUGCACUGCCGUUCCUAAGGAGGUCGCCGACGCAAUAAGCAAUGCGGCCAUCACGAAAACUAACGCGCGGGACGACAAGGCGCGGGCUGAGAAUAUCGCUGUUGAAUCGGUGACUGGGCGGCCUGCAGUGAAGCGGUAUGGCGACGAUGCUGCUGAGAAGAAGGCCGCGGCUGAUGAGUCUGUUUGCCUUUGCGUCGCCGCUCUCCGCAUCCCGGAGCGCACCGUGGAGCACCCGCUGUUUCGCCACAUGGUGCAUUCCAUAGCCGCCGCUGGAAUCAACUACGUGCCACCCAAGAGGCGCUACGUGGGGGGGGCUGGACUGCAGCGCUGCCGGAAGAUGGUUGAGGGUGCGUUGUCUCCAGUGGAAGACAGCUGGAAGCGACUUGGCUUCACUAUAGCCAGUGACAUGAUGACCGAUGUGGCAGGCCGGGCGCAAGCGAACAUAAUGCUCAUCAACGACUUUGGCGCGGUCUUCCUUGAGAGCGUCGAUUGCGACAUGCAGAAGAAAACGGGGACUUACAUUGCAGGCAUGCUGAAACCGGUGGUGGAGAAGGUUGGGCCGAACAAUGUCGUGGCGUUCUGCACUGACGGUGGGAGCAACUACGCCAAGGCUGGCCGCAAGUUGGUGGAGGAAUGGCCGCACAUCGAGCAUGUGCCGUGCGCCACUCACGUCCUCGAUUUGAUGAUGGAAGACUUCGGGAAGCUCACAUGGGCUAAGACGGUGGUGGAGAGGACGGAUAAGAUGAACGCGUUUAUCCGCAACCAUCACAUGACGCGGGCCUUCUUGAGGAACCCAGCAAACCAUGGUGGGAAGGGGCUGCAGGCAUUGAAACCUGCUGGCACUCGUUUCGGGACACAUUACAUUUCCGUGUCCCGCUUGUGUGAGUUGCGCGCAAACCUGACGACGAUGGUCUGUGACGAUGUGUGGGAGGAAUGGGCAGUGGGGAAGGUGAAGGAGAGUGCGGAUGUGUUCAAAGGGUAUGUCCUUGAUCCGGCGUGGUGGACAACCGCCGAAUUCUUUUGCAAAUUGAUGAAGCUGCCCUUUUUGGUGAUGAGACAGACGCACUCCGCGAAGAAGGGGAUGAUGGGCCGUAUUUAUGAUCUUAUGCUGCAGCUGACCGAGGACAUUAACAAGGUCCUGGAAGAGGAUGACAAGCAGUUGAGCCAAAAGGACAAGAAGGAUAUUGCCCGCAUUGUGAAGGAACGAUGGGAUGGGAGCCUCGCAUGCGUGCUCCACGUGGCUGGUUGGAUUCUAAAUCCGGCCAACCAAACUGAGGGAAUAUUCGGGAAGGAUGCAGAGUGCACUCGGGUCAUGAAGGGCUGGAUGGGGCGCGCGGUUGAGUUCUUGGAUGCUGCUGGGGAGGAGGGGGCGGAUACAAUCAUAGAGGGUCUGAUGGCAUAUGUGGAUGGUGUGGGGAGCUUUGGGAUGCCCCUGGCAAAGGCACAUCGGGCAAAGGUGAAGGAGGGGAAGAUGGACAUGGAGAUGUGGUGGGCUUGGAACGGAACCGAUAACGUGGCUCUCGCGACACUGGCGCGUCGUGUGCUUGCCCAACCCGUUUCCGCAUCCCCUUACGAGCGGGGCUGGUCCACCUGGGAUUCCGUGCACACGGCGCGGCGCAACAGGCUGGGUUCUGAGAAAUGUCGCGACCUGGUCUAUGUAGCCCACAACUGGAAUGUGGGUUAUUCUUCUCAACCCUCUUCUCCCUCUGCUGCUGCUGCGGCUACUGAUGCUGCUGCAAAACAGGGUCCUUCGAGCAGGGGUUCUGGCACAUGCACUCACCAAAAUCCUUUUCAGUCGACUCAAAUCUCUCCUGAUGCUGCUAAACAGGGCAGGCCAAGCAUUCGUUCUAGCUCGUACAUUCACCAGACCCCCCCCCUGAAAGAAACUGUCUUGGCCCAAGAACUGGAUAAUGAGGAGGAGGAGGAGGAGGAGGAGGAGGAGGAGGAGGAGGAGGAGGAGGAGGAGGAGGAGGAGGAGGAGGAAGUGGGGAUGAAAGAGGAGGGCGAUGGUGAAAUAGAGAAGAAACUGAAGCAGGAAGUUGUGAGGAGGGAGGGUCGUAGAGGAGAGGGAAGGAGAGAAGACGAGAGGGUGCAGGGAGCAGAGAAGAGGAAUGGAGAGCAGAGAAGAGCAGAGGAGAGGAGAGCAGAGGAGAGCAGAGCAGAGCAGAGAAGAGCAGAGCAGAGCAGAGCAGAGGAGAGGAGAGCAGAGGAGAGGAGAGCAGAGGAGAGCAGAGCAGAGAAGAGCAGAGGAGAGAAGAGCAGAGCAGAGGAGAGCAGAUCAGAGGAGAGGAGAGCAGAGGAGAGGAGAGCAGAGGAGAGCAGAGCAGAGAAGAGCAGAGGGGAGGAGAGCAGAGCAGCAGUCUUUAUUCCAUCGCAGAAUGUUAGAAACUAG